AUUUGAACUACGCUGAUGGUGCUUGACUGUGUGAUGCUCCAGCUCAGGAACAACGAAUCAGUGAAGCGUGUGGAAGUGGAAGACGGUUAUGUCAACAUCUACUUGGACCGGCUGACGAAAGGUGAGACGGCGGUUUACAGCAUGACGCUGGAGCAGGACAUGCUCGUCGAGAACCUGAAGGCAGCUGUGGUCAAAGUCUACGACUACUACCAGCCAACUGAUGUGGCCACGACCGAGUACACAUCACCCUGUGAGAAGAGAGAAACAGUCAGAGAAACAGUUGAAGUUGGUGCCAUGGAGCAUACUGGACUGGCUUCAAAGCCGACGUUAGCAACGAGCUUUCACUGAACAUUGAGGAGACUACUCGGAUUCAUAUCUGGAAGAUCAGAUGUUCAUCCAACUUU